UCGGCUCCCUUUUCCCAUCAUUCAGGAGAAGUUCAGGGGCUCUUUGACUGCCCCAGUCGACGGGUUUAAGCUCUGCCUGGAGUGGAUUUGGCUGUGGAACCCUUGAGCGCUGUCGAGGAGCAGCUCCGACUGGCUGUGGCGGUGCAUUCACCGGCGGAUCUGUUUCUCCGGGUCUGUGGCUGGAGUCCCUGGCUGUGGAGGAAUCCCUUUGGACGAUGAUGACAGCGCGGUUUUACCAGCUGUUAAUGCCUCCCGCGACACGAGUUUCGGUGACAGGGAUAGAUUGGACUGCUCUGCGCUGCUCAUUCGCCCGGCGAUGGACUGAAUGAUUGCUGCAUACGACAUCUGAAUAAAUAUAAUUUCUUUCUUUGCUUCUGUUUAUUACGUUUCCUGUGCUAGAAGUUACUGCUUUGCCUCCGCCAUGCCAAAACAUCGACCUGCCACGUCCGGGUACGCCCGUCUUGCUCAAGAAGAGGAAGACCGUGGUCACGAUCUGUACGAAUCCUCCGACGAAGACGACAUUUACGCCGCCCCCCAUACGCUCUCCCAGUCCGCCCCUCGGUAUGCUCCGGUCUCCGCUAGGGGCCAGAUGCCCGCCGCCGGCCUCGUCUCGCCGCCAGGCCACCGGCGUCGACAUAGUGGAUAUCAGCAUCGGCGAGGGCGCAGGAACUCGGGGGUCGAUAUCAAAGCCAUCAACGCUCGUCUCGAGCGGUGGGCGGAAGAAAUCGCCUCUAAGUUCAAGAUCUCACGGGUCAAGGGGAAGACAUACGAAGAGGAGAAGCUAGAGAUCUACCACUCGGUCUUCCAGCCGCCGGAUGGGGUCAGACCCAUCACUGCGGAGGUUCUGGAUUCUGACGAGAUCGAGGGUGCUCAGCGCAGAGCGCAAGCGGAGUUUGAGGCGACUGUCGAGAGCGUUCGCCUCGCCAUUGAGCUGGGCAUCCAUCCCCGCAUGAUCACUCAGGGCAGCUCCGGGAGUUAUUUUGCGCGAAACAGCGAUGGUAAGGUUGUGGGUGUCUUCAAACCAAAGGAUGAAGAGCCCUACGCGUCGCGAAACCCCAAGUGGACCAAAUGGCUACAUCGGAACCUGUUUCCAUGCUGUUUCGGUCGAGCGUGCCUCAUCCCGAACCUUUCCUACGUCUCCGAAGCCGCUGCAUACGUUCUUGACUCUCGUCUACGCACCAAUCUCGUCCCAUACACUGACAUCGUCUGGCUGUCAUCCAAGUCAUUCUUUUAUGAUUUCUGGGACAAGAGGAAGGCGUGGAUGGGGAAGAAACCCCUGCCACCGAAAGUGGGCAGUUUCCAGGUCUUUCUCAAGGGUUACAAAGACGCCAACAUCUUUCUCCGGGAGCAUCCCUGGCCCGAUCAGAUCAACAGUGGAUUCCGGGCAGAGGAUGCGCCAAAACGAAAGAAGCGGCCGUGGAACGAGACAUGUCGUCCGUCAGGUGCCCAUUCGGACGACGAAGACGAAGAUACAAACGGACACGCUUCCACACCAAACCCCAGAGACGAGAGCACGGAGCGACGUUUCCAGUGGACGGACAACAUAAGGCAGGCCUUCCGGGAGGAGCUAGAGAAACUAGUGAUCCUAGACUAUAUCAUGAGAAAUACAGAUCGUGGGCUGGACAACUGGAUGAUCAAGAUUGAUUCGCAGACGGAAGAGGUGUCCUUGAUCGCCGAACCCCCCAAGUCGACCAGUCCCUCGUAUGAAGACGACGAAAAUACCCCCCCUGCUCGACCUGUGUCUGUGAAUUCCGAUCGAAACCCAACCGCUUCUUAUCCCUACAGGAGACGUGAGACCAUGACGGCGGUGAGCCGCAGCGGAACGCCACUAAAUGGUCCAGCUGCGCGCACGACUUCGAUCAAGAUCGGAGCCAUUGAUAACAGUUUGUCGUGGCCUUGGAAGCAUCCGGAUGCCUGGCGUAGUUUCCCCUUUGGUUGGCUCUUCCUACCUGUAUCUCUCAUCGGACAACCCUUCUCGCAGAAAACCAGAGACCACUUCUUACCAUUGCUGACAUCGACAGCGUGGUGGAGCGGCACCCAGAUGGCACUGCGCCGUGUCUUCGCCCAAGAUGACGAUUUCAAAGAGAGCAUGUUUGCACGCCAGAUCGCCGUCAUGAAGGGCCAGGCGUGGAACGUGGUCGAGACCUUGAAGCAGCCCGACCACGGUCCGCUGGAACUGACGAGAAGGGCGCGAGUCUGCGUCUGGGACGACCUGGUCGAUGUACCCGUUGCAAUCCCUCUUCGCGUUCCGUCGACGGAGAUGCAACGGCGCAAAUUGCGCAACUAUGGUUCUGACGAUGAGGAGAUGGAUAUAGGCGCUGCCACCUAUUCCCACCCCGGGUCCGACCACGACCUCUUGGGUCUGGGAUCUCCUGCAAGCGAGCUUCCGAACCCGAAUCGGUUUGAGUUGUCCAAAAGUCGCACCUCGAAUGAAUUCCACAGAUCUAGAGAAGGCGCGGGCAGUCCUGCCACGCUCGAUGGCCGUGACUAUGGCCAUGGAAGUCUCGGCGAAAUCGCCUCCUCUAGAAAAGGAGGUUUAGACCGCAGCUGGGCCACCCUACCUCCGCGGCCGACGUCCCACCAUACCGACCCGAAUGGCGCACCCAGGCGCGGCUCCUUGACCGCCGAUCGUCGUAACAGCGGCUUCGCCUUCGGUGGAGAUGAUCUUGAGGGCGAUCUCGGCUACGCAGCCGCCGAAGGCAUGGAAGGCAACCAGCGCAAAGUGAUUGUGGAACGACUCGAAGCUGUCAAGAGCAAAAACCCUGUAUUUACCUGGUGCUAGAGCACCCCCUUCCUCCUCCUCCUCCUCC